CCCGGUCUUCUUGGGGCCACAUUUGCGCCACCUACAGCCCUGGAGGGUGAGCGUCAUGGCGGCCUCUUCCCCGCUCCCAGUGACCCAGGACCUAUCCGCGCUGUAUGCCAAGUUGCAGGAGCUGGUGCGGUUCCUGAGAGAGGCCCUGACCAUUUCCAAUGCACAUACGGUAGACUUCUACACCGAGUCCGUGUGGGAGCAAAGGGUCAACUUGCCCCCGGACCUCGUACUCGCCGUGCUGAGGAGGUCAGCGGCAGAGGAAGCCCGGCCAGCAGCGGCGCGCCCCCUGGUGGAAGGCGAGGAGGGACCAGGUGUUACUGAUUUAACGAAAAUAUUUUGUGAAACUUCCCAGAAGUUGAUGAGUAUAGAAGGCUUUGCUCUGAUGGCAAAAUAUUAUUCUGUACAAAACUUGGGAAUAUGUACUCCUUUUGAACAGUUGCUAGUAGCCCUUCAAGCCAAUCAAAAACAGAGAACUGGUAAAAAUAUGAAGCCUGAUGAGUUUAUGAAUAUGAAAAAAUCUCAUGAAGUUCAGGCAAUGUCAGAGCUGGUCAGCAAUAUUGCUAAUUACUGUGGCAUAAAGCAGGUAAUUGAUGUGGGUUCUGGAAAAGGCUAUCUAAGCUCCUUUUUGUCCUUGAAAUAUGGCUUAAAAGUUUAUGGAAUCGAUUCCUCUAAUACUAAUACUCAUGGAGCUGAGGAGAGAAACAGGAAACUAAAGAAACAUUGCAAAGUCUAUCAUACUCCAUCAAAAUUAGAUGUCAGUGGACUGGCAUUAAAAAUGGCAAAAGAACAGACUGUGCAAGAUGACAUUAAAUAUGAAGCAGAUAUGGACGGAGUGUAUAACAAUAAUCCUACCAAUCAAGGAAAGAUAUCUACCUCAGACUUUUUGUCAGAUUUUUCAGACCCCGUAAUUUCUAACAUCAGAAAACAAAUGGAAAGUCUACAUGUUCAUUCACAUCAAGAAGAAAAUUUGCAUUUUGAAAAUGCCUUGUCUCUUAUAAACUUUUUGCCUAUUAAUGCUGUAGAAAUUACUUCUUCAUCUGAAAUACCCAAUAGGAAAAUGCCUGAGGCAAACAAAGAGAGAAGAAAAACAACAUUAAAGACAAGUGAAUCAAAUAUAUACUCACCUUUAACAUCUUUUAUCACCGCUGAUUCAGAACUGCAUGAUAUUAUUGAAGAUCUGGAGGAUUGCUUGAUGGUUGGUCUACAUACUUGCGGUGAUCUUGCUCCCAAUACACUGCGAAUAUUUACAUCAAAGUCUGAAAUCAAGGGUAUUUGCAGUGUGGGUUGUUGCUACCACCUCUUAUCUGAAGAAUUUGAAAACCCACUUAAAGAAUGUACUCAAGAAAAGUGGGGAUUUCCAAUGUGCCACUAUUUAAAGGAAGAGAGAUGGUGCUGUGGUCGUAAUGCCAGAAUGUCAGCAUGUUUGGCAUUGGAACGGGUUGCAGUUGGCCAAGGGCUGCCUACUGAAUCACUGUUCUAUCGUGCCGUCCUUCAGGAUAUUAUUAAAGAUUGUUAUGGCAUCACCAAAUGUGAUCGACAUGUUGGUAAAAUUUAUUCCAAAUCUUCUUCCUUUCUGGAUUAUGUCAGAAAGUCUCUAAAGAAGCUUGGAUUAGAUGAGUCCAAGCUGCCUGAAAAAAUCAUAAUGGACUACUAUGAGAAGUAUAAACCUAGAAUGAAUGAACUGGAAGCUUUUAAUAUGUUGAAAGUUGUUCUGGCUCCUUGUAUAGAGACAUUGAUUCUUCUGGAUCGACUUUGCUACCUAAAAGAGCAGGAAGAUAUUGCAUGGUCUGCGCUUGUGAAGUUAUUUGAUCCUGUGAAAUCUCCCAGAUGUUACGCUGUUAUUGCUCUGAAGAAACAGCAAUGAUUUGAAUUGAAGGAGAUUAUUAGAUGUAUCUUUUGGGAGAUCUAUUGCUAAUAGUGCUUUUCUAAACAUUUAUGUCAGUUUUAUGUAAAUAUUGGAAAAUCUUUGCUACAUAUUUUAAAUAAACAAGAACAGCUAACAACAAA